AUGGCUGCCAACGCGACAACCUCGCCUUUGGCGACUAUCAAAUAUGGCGCCGCCAGCGUGGCGCCCCAACUCGAAUAUGUCAUCGACUAUGUCUCCAACGCCAGCACGUUGAGCAUUCUCGCGACAAUCCUCGCAACCCUCGUCGUCUACGACCAAUUCCGCUACAUCUUGAACAAGGGAUCAAUCGCGGGCCCAGCGUGGAAGAUGCCCUUCAUUGGGCCCUUCCUCCAGUCCAUGAACCCUAAGUUUGAGGAAUACUACGCAAAAUGGUUGAGUGGUCCCCUCAGCUGCGUCUCCGUCUUCCACAAGUUCGUCGUUAUCGCCUCCACCCGUGAUAUGGCCCGUAAAGUUUUCAACUCGCCCGCCUUCGUCAAGCCCUGCGUCGUCGACGUCGCCCACAAGCUGCUCGGCGCGGACAACUGGGUGUUCCUCGAUGGCAAGGCGCACGUUGAGUUCCGCAAGGGCCUCAACGGCCUCUUCACGCGCCGCGCCCUCGAAAUCUACCUGCCCGGCCAGGAGGAGGUGUACAACCGGUACUUCAAGGAGUUCGUCGCGACCACCAAGCAAGCCGGCGGUGAGCCCGUCCCCUUCAUGACGCACUUCCGCGAGGUCAUCACAGCCGUCUCCUGCCGCACCUUCGUUGGCCACUACAUCACGGACGAGGCCGUUAAGAAGAUUGCCGACGACUACUACCUCAUCACGGCCGCUCUCGAGCUCGUCAACUUCCCCAUCAUUCUCCCCUACACCAAGACCUGGUACGGAAAGAAGGCGGCCGAUAUGGUGCUGGCCGAGUUCGCUAAGUGCGCUGCGAAGAGCAAGGCCCGGAUGGCUGCUGGCGGCGAGCCCAACUGCAUCAUGGACGCUUGGAUUAUUCAGAUGAUCCAGUCUCAAAGGUGGCGUGACGCGCAGGCUAAGGGCGACACUGAGGGCGUCGAGAAGCCGACACACAUCCUCCGCGACUUCACCGAUUAUGAGAUCUCCCAGACCGUCUUCACCUUCCUCUUCGCCUCGCAGGACGCCACAAGCAGCGCCGCCACUUGGCUUUUCCAGAUCAUGGCGCAGCGUCCGGAUGUGCUCGAUCGCGUUCGUGAAGAGAACUUGAACGUCCGCAACGGAGAUAUUAACGCGGCUGUCAACAUGGACCAGCUCGAGUCUAUGACAUAUACCCGCGCUGUCGUUCGUGAGCUGCUGCGUUACCGCCCCCCCGUUCUUAUGGUUCCCUACGUCGUCAAGAAGCCCUUCCCCAUCACCGAGACGUACACCGCUCCCAAGGGCUCCAUGGUUAUCCCCACCACAUACAUGGCCCUGCGCGACCCCGAGGUCUACGACAGGCCCGAUGAGUUCGACCCCGAGCGGUACUACACCGGUGACGCCGAGGUCAAGGGCAUGAAGAACUACCUCGUUUUCGGCACCGGUCCCCACUACUGCCUCGGGCAGCAGUACGCUCAGCUUAACCUUGCCCUCAUGGUCGGAAAGGCGUCGCUCCUGCUCGACUGGAAGCACCACGCGACGCCCAAGUCUGAGGAGAUCAAGGUGUUCGCCACCAUUUUCCCUAUGGAUGAUUGCCCCUUGACGUUUGAGGAUAGGAAGUGGUACUUUUAA